AUGGCAAGUAUGUCUGAAGGUAAUGCAUUAGCGAAGGAAUUAUAUGCUAGAAUCACGAUGGAGGAGGAGCAUGACUGUAUUCAGAUCGAUGAGGGUGGUGAGGAGGCUGAUGAAGAGGUAUUGGCGGCUAAUCUACUAUGUAUGGUGGUGAGAGUGAUGGAUGAUAGGCAAGUGAAAUUCCGAGUGUUUAUAAACACCAUGGGAGCUAUAUGGAGGCCUGUCAAGGCAUGUACCAAAUGCAUAUUGGAAAUUUGGUUUUGUGAUUCAUGCAUUUCUCAUGCUGCGUGGGCACGCAGUAGCUUGCUGCGUGGGCACGCAGCAGCUUGCUGUGUGGGCACGCAGCAGCUUGCUGUGUGGGCACGCAGCAGCUUGCUGCGUGCCCAGCAGCAGCUUGCUGCGUGGGCAGCAGCUUGCUGCAUGGGCACGCAGCAAGAGCAGCUUGCUGCUAUGCCUCGAAGAGCAGUAUCAUGCAGAGGUAGAGGACAUAGCCAGCAUCUGUCUAUGAAUGAAAUAGAUGAGGCAGUACAGGUCCAGGAGGAAAUACUGGAGCAUACUCCACAAGCAUUAGGGGGCCAAGCAAACGCAUCCUCAUCAUCAUCAGUUCGAACUAGAGGUCCGAAUUUGGGACAUCCUAUCCCAUCAAACCCGUCUGAUCGUCAAUUGAUUAGAUUGAAAGGAACUGUUUUUUUAGAUUCCACAGUUACUAGAUCAAUCACUAAUGACAUUAAGAUGCGCUAUACUGCUCCAUGGAAAACUUGGUCAGAAAUACCUUUAAAGACAAAAGACGAGCUCUUCGGACUUUUUCGGAGUCGAUAUGCAUGGGAUGAGAGUGAAGAAGGUAUGGUUCGAAUUGCUUGGGAAAAGGUAGGUAAAGAAAGACUGCGAGACAUUCUUAAUAGAGUUAGGAGCGAAUUGUUGCACAAGCACAAGAAGACGGAUGUUGCUUAUCUAUAUAAUUUAGGACCAGAUUGGAUGGAGGCAGAGAUAUGGAAUGAACUUGUUGCAUAUUGGAGUACACCAGAGUGGAGAAAGAAAUCAGAAGCUGGUAAAGCAAAUAGAAACGUAGAAAAAGAUGGGACUAUUACGAAACACUCUGGUGGUUCAAUAAAAUUGGAGGUUCAUGAGAAUAGAUUGGCAAAGAAGUUGGGUAGACAACCAACUCAACUUGAACUAUUUCGUGCAACUCACACAAAAAAGGGGAGUCAAGGUGUUUACAUUGAGGGAAAAUCACGACGAGUUGAUGGAGCUUAUUUGAGUGCAAUUGCUGAAAAUGUGAAUGACAAUUGUGAGAGUCAGUCUGCUUUUGAUUUGAAUAAGUGGAUUGAAAUUUCUGGAAGUAGCAAAGGAAGAGUUUAUGGUUUUGGAUCCUCUGAUAUUGCAAAAUCAGGAACUCCAACUACAUCUUUCUCAUGCAUAUCAGCUCAUCCUGGAGGACCUUCUCAAACUAUGUUUUCUUUAGAGGAGGUUGAACAAAUAUUAGAGCAAAACCGGAUUAAAAUGAAACAAGACAUGGAGCAAAUGUAAGAGCAAAUGCAAGAGCAAAUGCGAGUGCAGAUAGAAAAGCAAAUAAAAGAUCAGAUGAAAUCAUUGAAGAACAAAAAUAGAUCUUCACCGCAUAACACAAC